AUGUCGACAGACGCUGAGAUGGCCAUCUUUGGGGAGGCGGCUCCUUACCUCCGAAAGUCRGAGAAGGAGAGAAUUGAGGCCCAGAACAAACCUUUUGAUGCCAAGUCAUCCGUCUUUGUGGUACAUGCAAAGGAAUCCUAUGUGAAGAGCACAAUCCAGAGCAGGGAAUCUGGCAAAGUCACUGUCAAGACCGAAGGGGGAGAGACUCUGACUGUGAAAGAAGAUCAAAUCUUCUCCAUGAACCCUCCCAAGUACGAUAAAAUCGAGGACAUGGCCAUGAUGACCCACCUCCACGAACCCGCUGUGCUGUAYAACCUCAAAGAGCGUUACGCAGCCUGGAUGAUCUACUAUUUUUGUGUUCUUCAUUUACAAAGUCUAUUUGUUUCUGCCUCAUCCACAGAUCGGGAGAACCAGUCCAUCCUGAUCACCGGAGAAUCCGGUGCYGGGAAGACUGUSAACACAAAGCGUGUCAUCCAGUACUUUGCAACAAUUGCAGCCAGUGGGGACAAGAAGAAGGAGGAGCAGACAUCAGGCAAAAUGCAGGGGACACUCGAGGAUCAAAUCAUCAGUGCCAACCCACUGCUGGAGGCCUUUGGAAACGCCAAGACUGUGAGGAAYGACAACUCCUCACGUUUUGGUAAAUUCAUCAGAAUCCAUUUUGGUGCCACAGGCAAACUGGCUUCUGCUGACAUUGAAACWUAUCUGCUGGAGAAGUCCAGAGUCACUUUCCAGCUCAAGGCGGAAAGAAGCUACCACAUCUUUUAUCAGAUCAUGUCCAACAAGAAGCCGGAGCUAAUUGAGAUGUUACUGAUCACCACCAACCCCUAUGACUAUCUGUACGUGAGUCAAGGGGAGAUCACAGUUCCCAGCAUUAAUGACCAGGAAGAGCUGAUGGCCACGGAUUUCAACAGCCUGGAGCAGUUGUGCAUCAACUUCACCAAUGAGAAACUGCAACAGUUCUUCAACCACCACAUGUUCGUGCUGGAGCAGGAGGARUACAAGAAGGAGGGAAUYGAAUGGGAGUUCAUUGACUUUGGCAUGGACCUGGCUGCCUGCAUUGAGCUCAUUGAGAAGCCCAUGGGCAUCUUCUCCAUCCUGGAAGAGGAGUGCAUGUUCCCCAAGGCAACUGACACCUCUUUCAAGAACAAACUCUAUGAUCAGCACCUGGGCAAGUCCAACAACUUCCAGAAACCCAAGCCUGGYAAAGGCAAGGCUGAGGCUCACUUCUCCCUGGUGCACUAUGCUGGCACAGUGGAUUACAAUAUCUCUGGCUGGCUGGACAAGAACAAGGACCCUCUGAAUGAAACUGUUGUGGGGCUGUAUCAGAAGUCAUCCCUGAAAACACUGGCCUUACUCUUUGCCUCUGCUGGAGGAGAGGCAGAGGCUAGUGGUGGUGGCGGUGGUGGUGGCAAGAAGGGAGGCAAGAAGAAGGGUUCUUCWUUCCAGACUGUCUCAGCUCUUUUCAGGUACCAGAGAAUGGUGGAGCGGAGAGAAUCCAUCUUCUGCAUCCAGUACAAUGUKCGCUCAUUCAUGAAUGUCAAACACUGGCCAUGGAUGAAGCUGUUCUUCAAGAUCAAGCCCUUGCUGAAGAGUGCAGAGUCUGAGAAGGAGAUGGCCAACAUGAAGGGGGAGUUUGAGAAAACCAAGGAAGAGCUUGCGAAGUCUGAAGCAAAGCGGAAGGAACUGGAGGAGAAAAUGGCAUCUCUAAUGCAGGAAAAAAAUGACCUGCAGCUCCAAGUGCAAUCUGAAGCAGAUGCCUUGGCUGAUGCUGAGGAAAGGUGUGACCAGCUCAUCAAAACCAAAAUCCAGCUGGAAGCCAAAAUUAAGGAGGUGACAGAAAGGGCUGARGAUGAAGAGGAAAUUAAUGCUGAACUGACAGCCAAGAARAGGAAACUGGAGGAUGAAUGUUCAGAGCUGAAGAAAGAUAUUGAUGACCUUGAGCUAACACUGGCCAAGGUGGAGAAGGAAAAACAUGCCACUGAAAACAAGGUAUGA